AUGGCUAAGAAAGAAUCCAAACCCAAGACUGUCCGGAAUAGGAAGGGGCAGAAGGCCAAGACUGGUCUUUCCAAGCCCGUGAAGCUUCCAGAAAAGAAAAAAUCGAAAAAGCCAGGCUCCAAACAAGUCACUGUUGGAGAGAAGGUUCCGCUGGAGCCUGAGCUGCCUGCCUCCCAGAGCUUCUGUGGCCAAGCUCCCGCUCUCCCCUUGGGAACAUGGACGAUGGCCAGUGACUGCAGUGGUUUGUGCACAGAGGGUUUGGCUUCGAAUCUGACCCUCCCAGAUGUCAAAGUUAUCCACAAAUAUGCUUCUGAGUUGAAAUUUAUCGAAGAUGUCAUUGGCCCAGACCAUCUUCAUGCCGAUAUGACACAAAAGGAGUCUCUUCCAGCAGAGCUGUGGGCAGAUUGUGAUCUGUACUGCGUUGGAUUCCCGUGUCAGAGUUAUUCCAGAGCAGGUCGAAAAGGAGGCGCCCAAGAUGACCGAGGAGCCCUUAUGGCGCAUGUUCCUGCCCAAAUCGUGAAGCAUAAGCCCAAAUCAUUCAUUGCAGAGAAUGUAUUGGGAUUGCUUCAACUGUUUCCAAAGCAGUUCAACUGGUUGAUCCAGACUCUGCGUGGUUUGCGGGAUGAGCGUUACAACGUCUAUUGGGGCAAGAUGUCUACCGUUCAGCAUGGAGGAUUACCUCACCACAGGGAUCGCUUGUACGUGGUGGGAAUUCGUGCUGACGUGCAGAUCCGGGCAUUCCAGUUCCCAACGCCUUUCCCAAGACAUAUCACUUUGGAGCAACUGUUAGGACCUGGAGUUGAACCCAAGAAGGACUUGGCAAGCAUGACUGUGGAUGCUGAUGGAUCCAUGCUGAGCAACACAGUUCGUAAGAACUUGGCGCAAUUUCAGAAAGAGGUCUCUCAAAAAAACCUCCUCCAUGCUGACUGGAUCGUCGACUGCGGCGGGUCCAAGCCAACAUACAUGUUGGGCAAGUGCCCAUGCCUGAUUCUCAGCAGGUGCAAGGGGAAACAUGGUUACUGGAGCCAAUUGCACCAAAGGUUCUUGGGCCCCAAGGAUUUUUUCUUGCUCCAAGGCAUCCCUGUGCAUUCCUACUGCUACGAUUCUUCCAAGCACACAGCUAGCACUUUGGGCGAGCUGGCUGGCAACGCAAUGAGCGUUGCAGUUGUGAGACGAAUUGUUCGCCAGAUCCUUUUGGCCAGAGGAUACUGCUUUUGGCAACGAAACGUCAAGUCCUUCACCUCCUGUGAGCGUGGGACCAAGGAGGCGUCCCACGCCUCCUGCACCCACCCUAAGGAAGGCAUUGAGGGAGGGACAUGGGAGGAUUGCAUCGAGAUCCCUGCAUUUGCCGUCUAUUUGACCUACAGGGAGCAGGAACGACAGUUGGAGUUGCUGGUGACGGCAUCUCAGUGCAACGUGAACCUCCCGCAAGCUUUCAUCGGAAGGAUUGCACACGCAAUCAAGCGUGCCGAACAAGAAGCUGCAAGAGGACAUGUGCGAUGGCUUGAUCACAUCGCACCGAACGUUGAUCCAAAGGUCGUUCAAAAUGUCUACAAAGCAAUUGGAAGCACCGAGGGCGCAAAGAGAGCUAUGGAUGACGUAGCAAAGGCUGAGGCACGCGCGUCUGAAGCUGAUGCCAAAUCGAGGGGUGGUCCAAAGGCCUAUGGUCCCAGAUCACCUCCACCAAAGGUCGCGCCCACAAGUGCCCCAAGCUAUUCAAGCUCUUCCUCAUCUGCAGCAGCUGGUCCUGCAAAAGCCAAGCCUGCACCCAAGCAGAUGCCAACGCCCGGUUUCACCAGCCUGGCUGCAGGGGAGGAUGGUUGUUUAGGCAUCACCCCAGAGGUGCCCUUGGGGCGGCUUCAGGGCGACGUGCACCGAUGGGUGGCCACUGGAAACUCUGGCACCAUCGCCGCGGUGCCCAGAGGGGUUGAUACCCGUGGUUUCGCCAUGGAGUGGACUCUGUCGGUCUUGAAGGACGAGGCGAAUCAAAGACUUCAGCUACGCGACAUCGCCUUGGGCUACAGAAGCCAGUCGCCUUCGAGGCUUUCCUGUUGCAGUGGCAAGAGUCCCAGGUCGCGUGGGAGGUUGGUGGCUGUAGCGCUGAUGGACAGCGGAGAUGUCUUUGCCUCGCAGGCAUGGUACGACGACGGCGGCGAUGGGCGCGAGGGGCACCUGCCUAUGAGUUGCCCCGAGUGGCAGCCACUGCCCAGUCUGCAAUCCACCCUCGUGGCCGCAGUAGCCUGUGGUGGUGGCUUUGCGAUGGCUCUCACCGCAGGGGGCGAACUUUUCGCAUGGGGAAGUUCCCCCGAGGGUGCCAUGGGCACCGGUAGCCUUGGCGACGUCACACGGCCCACUUUGGUACGAGGGCCGUUGGCAAAGUGCCGUGUUGCAGUCAUCGCCUGCGGUGAGUGCCAUAGCGUGGCGGCGACCUUCGAUGAGGAAGACCGCCUGGGUGCGGUCUAUUCCUGGGGUUUGGUCGCAGCAGAUGGACGCCUGGGCUACGUGGAUGACGAGGUUCAUCCCCAGUCGUCUCCACGAGAAGUGUCGUGGAUCAGCGCACAGCUUGUCGCAGUCUUGACCCUGCGACGAGGCGCCUUGGCGGUUCCAAGGGGGUCUUCACGGAGGUUGCCACAACGCAUCACGCAAGUGAGCUGUGGCUGGCGACACAGUGUCCUCGUGUGUCAGGGCUCCGUGGUGUGCUUCGGCGCCAACGACUUUGGGCAGCUGGGUAGAUGUGCCAAAGAGCCCCAGGAAGUGAGGUCAAAGAUACCUCCCUUUGCUCAUUGCCCAUUGCUGGAGGACAGCGACCAUCGCACCAUAGAGGAGGCUCGACGUCUCUGUUGCGGUCCGCUGCAUACGGCAUGCGUCUGCUCCACUGGGCAUGUCCAUGUUUGGGGGUUGGACCUACAGCAAGGAAUGAAGGCCAGAGCCCCCUGGUGCGUCCCCGACUUCGGUCCAGUGAGGCCGGUGGUGGCUCUAUGUUGCGGUGCCCACUUCCUGGUUUGUUCAGCGGAGGUGGUGUUGCCUCGCUCCACGGAAGCGCAGAUUGAUGUGCCUCAAGAGGAGCUGCUUCUGGGCUACUGUGCAGAAAGCCUAGCACCAGGCACCCGUUCUGGUCCUGCGACAUCCUCCAACUCUUGGAGGCCAUCUCAUCUCCCACCAAAGUGCGAAGAGGAGUCCAAGCAUCAUCAGAACUUGGUGCGAGAACUGGAAAGAAGCGUUCAACGUCGGCUUCUUCAAGAACAGCGGGAGGAGCAGCAGCGUCAGCAACGUGAGCAACGCCGCGAGCGGCGGUUGCAGGAGCAUACAGAGCUCUGGUUUCAGCUCCUCCCAAACUUCGUGCCAGGCGAAGGCGUCACGGCGCGGAUGCAGCGGCUAUGGCGCCAGGGCUUACCACCGAAGGUGCGAGAGGUGUUGUGGCCGGUGGCCAUCGGAAAUGUCUUGCGCAUCACCCCUGAGUUGUUUGAGAUACACAAACAGCGAGCGCUGGAUGCACGAAAGAACCAGGACAGCGUACCAUGGAGGCCCCGAAGCCGCGGCAAAGAACAGAGCACCACUUGCAUCCCAUUUGACCUACCUCGGACCUUUCCCACCUUGGCCUUUUUCGACGAGGGAGGGCCUUUGCACGAAGACUGUGCUCGCAUUUUGGAGGCCUACACGUUCUUCCGGCCAGACAUUGGCUACGUGCAAGGGAUGAGUUACCUGGCUGCAAUGCUCUUGCUGUACCUUCCAUCCUACCAGGCAUUUGUUGGACUUUGCAACCUUCUGAACACUCCAUCAGUACUUGGACUCUACCGACUUGAGCCACAAGCAAUGGCCUGUCGAGCCAGAGUGUUUGAACAGCUCUGUUUUCAACAACUCCCAGCAGUGGCGAGGUGUAUUGAGAAUGUUGGUCUCACACCAGAAAUGUUCUUAAUUGAUUGGUUUCUCACCAUUUUUGCCAAGUGUCUCAGUGUGGAUGUGGCCUCGGUGGUCUGGGACCUCUUUCUCCUCGAUGGUGAGGUGGUCCUUUAUUGCACAGCCAUUGCGAUCCUUCGAAUUCUGGAGGAUCCAUUGCUCCACCCUGAUGGUCGCCGUGGACCCAAAGCGGUCCCGCCAGACCUCGAGAGUUGUUUCCGGGUCUUGAACGAGGAGUUGCGAAGUCGCGUUCACGAUCCCGAUGAAUUGCUGUGGCACAUCGAUCAGGUCCGACGAAGGACGCCGCACAGGAUUUGCGUCGAGAUUCGCGCCAUCGAAAAUACCGAGUUCGGAACUGGCCGAAGCUUCACCGUUCCAAGCCCAACUGCUUCGUUUUUUGCAGCGGCGAAGGAUCGGAUGUCUCGCUUGUUUCGCUAA